UGUUAAUUAGGAGAUUAUUCGAGUGAGCGUCGAAAAUGAAGGUCUUCAUUAUUAUUGGAUUUAUGUUUGUCAGUGUGAUCGCACAAGACUCUGGGAAAAAUGAAGAUGGACCAGAGUUACCAAAGCCUCUUGAGGAUUUUAAAGAUAAAAUAAACGAAAUUACAGAAGAAAUUCAAGAGAAAGGUAUAGAAAGGCCAUGUGAAUCAUUAGACUUGCAAUGCAUACGGCGUUACUUGGCUGAACAUUCGUACUGCAAAAUGACGUAUGGCCGGGUCCCAGAUCCCCUACACAGGGUGCAGGCGACCCAGCAUCUGACGAGAGUUAACCUUACUAUAACGUCGACUAAUUUAACUUAUAAAGGACUGAAUGGAAAGAUUGAGCAGUUUUUUAUUAACAGAGUAUCCGAUCAAGUUCUUUUGGCUGUGGAGUUCAGAGAUGUAGAGUUCUUCACCAAGAAUGCAUACUUCUUCUUCUACCGUCGAGCGAAAGAGCCUGUUAUUACUAAAGAUUUCUUGAGAAUUAAGUUUAAUUCCGUGGUUGUAACGUCUACCAUACCAGGGGUACAUCAUGUUCGGUUUGACAGAAGUGAAAACUUUGGCUUUUCAAAUGAUAUCACUUAUCAAUUUAUUGUUGGGCCGAAUGCGUUGAAAAAUAGAGAUCCUGUGGUUUUGAACACCUUCCUGCAAAUAGCAGCAAAUCUACCAGUAAACGCAAGGGAGCUGCUCCACACAGAGGCUCAGUUCUACAUGGCCAACUUCGUCCAAUAUACUUUAUGUGAUUUCGGCCUCAAUGUUAUAUGAGGAUGAUAAUAUUUCAAUUAAUAAAUACUUAUUUAAAAAGA